UGGCUCGCAUACAUCCCCACGGACCAGGUAAAGAACUUGCAGUCGGCUGUCAGCAACACCAGCUCGGCGCUGUACAAGGGUCAGAAGGGCACGGCGUCUACCCAGCUUGCGUCUUACAUUGAUCCCACGUUCAACAUUCUCAACACCGCAGGUGUCUCCAAAUCUGGUGCGCAACUCAACACCGUUGCCUCAGGCAAUGACCACAACAAGACCGUCCGCGAUGCGCUUAUAGGUGUCUGCUCCGCCGUUGGUGCUAUCCUGAUCGCCGCCAUCCUCUUUCUCAUCUGGCGAAAGCAGCGCAAGUCUAAGGAGACUGCA